AGAGUUAAGAAAGUGUAGAGGAGCCGAUGACAAGCUCGAUCUGGCCGUACACGUUAAAAGCAGACUUUUAGUUUGGUGUGGAACAUGGAGGAUGCUACACAAGUCAGUAUGGCAAAGCAUGCUGUUCACAGUAAUUUUAAGACGACUUUUGGUGACCGGUCAUGAUGAUGCAGGUGGGAUCUCUGAUUACAGGCAGCCACGAAUGUGUGAGCCGAGCGCCAUCAGAGGGUUGUGACAUUUCAAGUUUCGUCACUAACUGUACUGACCUGACAGACGAGCCAAGGCUUGUGAAGGCUUUCAAGCGUAGCACUGUGUUACACUGUGUUACACUGCUUCAGCAUGUAGUGUGCAAUUCUGUCCCCCACUAUCACCUCUUGCCCUGCCGCACCACCGAAACCAGUUCGACACAACCGCACCCCACUUCCGUCUUCUGCACCCGAAUCCAAGUUAGGCACACAGCCAGCGACGUAAGCAAAUACCCAGGUACACCUUCCUACCCCAUAAUGGCUGAUCAGGGACCUAACUGGGUCUUUAGCGAAGACGGGUAUUCAUAGCACACGGGCACGUCCAUGUCAGCGUGCUCGGGUUUCCCACGCUCAGGUAGUCGGGUAGUUGACAAGUGCAGCAGGUUGAGUGAUUGUACCACUAGCAAGCGGCCACAACCAGAGUGUGACACCCAGAUCCACGGCAUUGUGAGCUGUAUCUGUUGGGUGCGACGAGGUGGCGACUGGUACAAGAGGUGUCAAGUUGCCCUCCCUGACUGCCAGAUGGUGGAGUAAUGGUGAAAGGCGAGCUGACUUGUCCUGACAACGGCAGCGUCAUGGUUCGAUGGCAGGUGACUGUGUGGCUGGUGUUCCUGCCCGUGUUAUAUGGACAGACCCUCACAGAAACCCUCGCGACAAUCCCAACACAACUGGCUUCCUACUCAACACUGUGCAACUCGGAGACUGUGGACAGCGCCACCUACAAUUCUUCCCUUUGCUUUCAACGCAUCACGUGCACGAUUGGCCAUCCUCAACGUGUCUGUGUCGGGGGAUGCAGCACGUGACUUCAGUGUCACUGCCGUCAAUGACAGUGUGUUUGAUGUGUGUAGCAGUGGCAGUAGUGACAUUCCUUCUGGUACCCACCAGUUUCUGCUCGCCAUUGUCUACUCGCCUACAACGACCCUGUGUUUGUCAACGUGACACUAGAGGUCGUCGAGCCAAACGCACCUCUGGAAAUAACGAUAGAGGGCGACAGUAGCCAGGUGUCCGUGGAUGAGGAUGUCAG